CCGGCCAAUGGCAGCCCGAACCGACGUCAUCCUGGUUCUGGCCCUGCGAUAACCCGCAAGCGACCAUUUCAAAGCGGCUUAGCCGUCGAUCGGGCAAGCAAGCCCGCCCAGAUACAAGAAGCCGCCGCUCGCCUUGUUUCCCGGUCUCACCUCAGGUCAACGUGCUUGCAUUAAGUAAUAAACAUUGGACUCUUUGACCACUGCUGCAUUUCUCAUUCAUACAUCCACUCCAACCCUCCAUCACUACUUGCUCCCUCAGUCCACUGCCAUCGAAUGGAAACUGAUGAGCCCCCUAUAUCGAAUAGUAUCAGGUCUAAGGCCAACCGCCUAGGCUUGGGACGCUCCAAGAAACCCAAGCCUGAACUCCCCACCCACCAUGUCAACAAUGACAACAAAUCCACCCACGGCCACCAGGUCGAUGCACACAAUGGCUCUGUCGAUAAUUCCUCUUCCUCGACCCGAGCGGUGUCCACGGCUGAGAAGGAGGCGGCUGCCCCCGUAGAACCUAAGCCGCCCAUGCCUACGCGCAUGAGAAAUGGAAUUAUACGUUUUGGCAGACAUACCAAAAAAGCCCUCUUCCACAGUUGGGUCAAUGUUCUGCUCGUCUUCGUGCCUAUUGGUAUAGCAGCCUAUGCUGCUCACCUGAGCCCAGCCAUUGUCUUUUCCAUGAAUGCUAUUGCCAUUAUCCCUCUCGCUGGCCUUCUAGCCUACGCCACCGAGGCCGUCGCAGCUCGUCUGGGCGACACCCUGGGAGCACUGUUGAACGUGUCUUUUGGAAAUGCUGUCGAGUUGAUUCUCUUCAUCAUCCUGCUCGCCGCAGAUCAGAUUGAAGUCGUCCAAGCUGCUUUGCUUGGUUCCAUCUUGGCCAACUUGCUUCUCAUUCUUGGCAUGGCCUUCUUGCUUGGAGGUCUCAGGUACCAAGAACAGGUCUACAACAGCACCGUCACACAGAUGAGUGCAUGCAUGCUCAGUCUUUCGGUUAUGAGUCUCCUGUUACCCACAGCAUUCCACGCUGCAUUUGAGGACAAUGCCAUCGCCGAUACACAAACACUACAAGUCAGCCGUGGUACGAGUGUAGUAUUGCUCAUCGUAUACAUCCUGUACUUGCUUUUCCAGCUCAAAAGUCACACCUACAUGUACGCAAGUACUCCUCAGCACAUCAUCGACGAGGAAUCCCAUCCCGGUGUCAUGGCCGAAAUAUGGAAUUCGUCAAGUUCCGACUCUUCUUCGUCGUCCAGCAGCAGCGACAGCGAUGGUAGCUCUGCUGGAUCACAUACUACGGCUAAAUCGAAAAUCAAGCGGAAGUUUCGCAAGCUGCGUCGAAAGUCUAGUGCUAGUUUCAAGGAGAAGGAAUCGUCAUCGACAGCCUCCGUUAUCAACACCCCUCCUGGAGACAACCACAGCAACUACUUCGAUCGCAGCCGUACUGACAGUGGAGACCAGGGUCUUGGGCGGGGCAUGCUAGCGAGACGUGGAUCUGACCCACUUGGUGCUGCUAUCAUGAGCGGCGAUGAAGCUGAUACUGACGACUUGCAUGCCCCAGUUGCUCGCGACUUUGAAGUUGGAACGGCUGGCUCACCCCCCGCCCGAAAAGAAAGCAAGCGGAAGAACAAGAAGAAGAAGCAUCGCAAGACAAGUAGUAAAGAGCUACACGAAAAGGCACCCAUUGCCACUGACGCUCAGCCUUCGGAGCCUGCAUCUAGAGUUGCAUUUACCGAAGAGGUUCAAGAUCCCCAAGCUGCUCCCGUCACCAAACGGCCUAUCUAUCGUCCGGCCUUUUCACUGCUAUCCAACAAUGUGUUUGUCAACCCAACACCUACCCCAGCGGGAGCAGCUGCGCCAAACCUUCGCGUUGCCGCACCCCGUACCCUGCGUCGCACCAAAUCGGAACCCGAAGACAUUCGUCGGAUGCAACCACCAAACACAGCCGCCACUCGACCCGCAUCUACCCGUGUUAUGCUUGGAGCCCCAUCGAUUCAUGCAGAACCGGAAGAUGAAGAAGAGACCGAGGUUAUGUCCCGUACCGCCGCGAUCAUGCUACUCCUCAUCAGUACUGGGCUGGUUGCUGUGUGCGCCGACUUCAUGAGUGACGCCAUCGAACCCAUGGUGGAAAGUACCGGAAUCAGCCAAGCCUUCAUCGGUCUCAUCAUUCUUCCCAUUGUGGGUAACGCUGCGGAACACGUAACUGCAGUCACCGUCGCCAUGAAAAAUAAAAUGGAUCUGUCGAUUGGUGUCGCCGUCGGCUCGUCCAUCCAGAUCGCCAUCUUCAUCACACCCUUCAUUGUUAUUCUCGGUUGGAUUAUGGGCAAGUCCAUGACGCUCUACUUCAACAUCUUCGAGACCGUCGCCCUCUUCGUCACUGCCUUUGUGGUGAACUUCUUGGUCUUGGACGGGCGAAGCAAUUAUCUGGAAGGUAGUCUGCUGAUUGCGGCGUAUGUCAUCAUUGCCCUGGCUAGUUUCUUCUACCCUGAUGGUUGCGAUGCUUCCAAAAUUGGUGGCAGCGAUCAGACCUGCAAGAACGCGAAUCAGGAGCAUGUGGCUCAGGUUGCUGUUCAUACUGCUGCUCUCGUGAAGAGAAUGGUGGGACUGUAA